UCUCCAUCUCAUCAUCAUCCCAGCUCCCUCUCUGGCGGCUGGCUUAAUGACGUGCCUUCCAUAAUCUUCCUUCCUUUUGACAUCUAUACCCCUGGCUGCCUGCCUGGCUCCCUCGCUCGUACAGCCACGCCACCCUGUGUGGGGGCAUCACCGUAAAUUCCAGGUUGGCUUUCUUACCAGUCCAUUAUAUAUCACUCUCAUGGCACCUGUACUACUGCCCAUUCAUAGGCUGGUGUUGGUGAUCAGAUCGCAGCUCCAUUCCUUCUCCUCCCCUGCAUAGACUGGUCCUUUAAUUUGAAGCAACAAGGAGAGAAAGAUGUCCAGUGUUUGGAAGACCAAGGUUCUGCCUGGCCUCAACAAGUUCUUUGACAAGGAUGGCAAGAAGGCGGCGGCGGCUGAGUUCUUGAAGUCCUUCAACAAGGAGGAGAUUGGCAAGGAGAUUGAGGACAAGAAGACAGAGCUGGAGCCCAAGGUUGUGGAGGCUUAUGAAGCAUCUCCUCCUGAAGUUAAGGCUCUUUUCAAGGACAAGAAACCAGUCAAGAUCACCAAGAAGAACUCGGCUGCAGCAACCAAGUUCCUCGACGAGCUGGCUAAGAUUGAGUUCCCUGGAGCCAAGCUGGUGAGCGACGCGGUGGCCAAGUCCGGCACCACGCCCCUCUCCCCGGCGAUCACCUUCAUCUUGGACAAGGUUGCGCCGUUCAUCCCCAAGGAGGAGCCCAAGGCCGAGCCGGAGGCCACCUCCCGGGAAGUCGCCGUGGAGGAGAAGAAGGAGGAGGCCGAGCCGGCGGCCGCUGCGGCUCCGGAGGAGGCUGCUGCGCCGGCGGAGGCGGUAGAGGAGAAGAAGGCUGAGGAGGAGAAGCCAGCGGAAGCCGAAGCCGAGGCCGCGGCGGCGCCACCAGCUGAGGAGGAGAAGAAGUGAUCUGAUCGCCGGUGGACAUUAGUGAAGAAUUGCUAAGCAAGCAAAUUAAGCUACUACCAAGCUCCGAUCCUGCACAAAUUAAGUGAUUAAGUAAGUCGUUACAUGUACACACAGUUGCCAUGCAUGCUGCUUCAAUUGAUUUGCUUGCAUAUAUGGGUGCGUGGUGGAUGCAUGAACAUUUGUUAUUCUUUUGUGUCACCUGGACCGGAUCGAUGAAUGGACCUUCAUUCUGUAAAUUUGUAAUGUGGGGUUAGUGAGUUUUUCUCUUUCUUGUUUUUGAUUUGGGGUGAUUAAACAUGCAUGCAUGCGCGUGUAAUUAUUUGUAUUGAUAUGUUUGUUGGUGGUCAUAUUUUAGAAAACAACUCGACGAUCGAUCUUGUGUAUAUAUAUGCAUGAUUUUAAGUUGUUUCUUGAUGAUGAUGAUGUUUGAAUGACCUACUAAUGAGCGAGCGUACGGUCGUACAUGCAUGUUGACCUACCACUACCACUGAAUUAACCAAUUUACCGGUGGCCUCUAGUACGUCUUAACAAGCAACGCGGAUAAGCACGAGAGAGAAUUUAAGAAAGAAAUUGCAUGCUAACAAGUGUGUGUUGUGUGCCAAAUUAAAAGGAAGUCGAUCUUGGCACGAAAUUAGCUAGCUAGACUUGCAUUGGAAGAAGCAAGCUGAGAUGGAGAUAACUGAUGAUAACUACGUACAGGGUUGGCAGGCAAUAUCAAUCAGUACUGGAGCCCUCAACGAAAAGGACGUGAUCUUAAUCCUCUCACCACACACACUACCAUUAAACAAAGCCAGUAAUCCGGCCGGCCUCGCUCCGUUUGCCAACUGCUUGUCUGAUGUAUAGAGAUCAACGACUAUCCAGAAGUACCACGUUAAGCAUAAUAUAUAUCAUCAGAUGAGUGAUGAUCAGAUUAGCAAUAGUCCACCAGGUACCCAGCAACAAGGAUAUAUCUCAUCAUCGGAAGAAAUUAAUAAAUCAACUAAUUAGCAUGCAUGAUUAAUAAAAGAUGUACUAUAUAGGAAGUAAAGACGAUAGAUGAUUCAGAAGGAAUAAAAUGAAGUCAUUAUUAAUUGCUGAUUUGAUCGAUUGAUAAGCCUCGAUCGAUCUGGGCCGGUAUCAGAUAUUUUGCUUUGCUGUUUUAGCUAGGUCCAGCAGCUGCCAUGCGUCUGAAAUGACCAGCAGCCACGAUCGAAUUCAAUUUGCGAUGCUCAGCUCUAUCUGGCGUCCUUCUGAGCUUUUCAGAACGUUGAACAUGUUUACAAUUUCAACAUUUUGAAAGUCAACAUGUUCAAAGAAAUAUUGAGUUAAUUCUAUCAAAAUGUUGAACAUAUUUCUAACAGCUAAUUGGGGCAUUAAAGCUUUACAUGAUGAUGCUUCAAGUAGCAUGGGCCUAAUGGAGGAACAACCAUCCGCCCAUAAUAAGCCCAGCCCGUAUAGAGCUCGGCCCACUCAGCCCAGCUAGCCAGUAGUAGUCUGUGGUGUGCAACCGCGACGCGAGAGACGGACACUACAACAGCCAACUCCACCGACCGGCCUCCCAUCCCAUCCCAUGGCGGGCUACCGCGGCGCCUCCUCCGCUGCCGGGGGCGGCGCGGGGGCUGCGGCCUUCGCCACGCGGAUUCUGCUCCUCCUCACGCUGCUGCCGCUCGCGCUCGCCGCCUUCGCCUUCGUGCUCCAGUGGCGCGGCGGCAUGGGGGACCCGGCCGCCGCCGCCUGGCCCGCCAACAAGCAGAGCUUCCCCGGCAUGGAGAACAGCCCGCUCGGAUCCUCCUCCUCCUCCCCAGGGGGCGGAGGCUCCUACUUCGCCGUCUCCUCCUCGUCCUCCGCGGCAGCCGACUGCGCCGAGAUCCUCGGCCGGAGCGCAUCCUCGAACGGAAUCUCGCUCUAUCGCGGCUGGAACUUCGAUUCUGAAUCUUCCAUCACCCCCAAGAUCUGUAUCACAGGAAGCACAUCUGCUGGCCUACACCAGAUUCUUCCGUGGUUGUACUAUCACAAGGUCAUCGGCGUUUCACAUUUUAUUCUCUUUGUUGAAGGAGAGGCUGCGAAACCAGCUGUCACCUCUGUUCUUGAAUCUAUUCGGGGUGUAAAAAUUAUUUACAGAACUAAAGAACUGAAAGAGAAACAGGACAAAAGGUAUGUUGAUGGACUUAAAUAGUUACAUGACAAUCUUUUCAACAUAAGCAAAACCCGCUACAUGUAAGAUAAGUUUAGUUGGAAAUUUGCUCUGCAGCUAAUGUAAGUUUUGAUAAUUCCACUUUAAUAAGGUAUACAACUGAAAUGCAUUGAAAGAAAAUAAUUUGAUAGAGGCAAUGAGAGGGAUGGCAAGUUACUUGUUUCAUGGCAAUGCUGCAAUUGAACAGUUGUGAUUAUGGAAGCAAAUUCUGUAUUUGUUGUUGUUGAUUGGAUCCUGUAAUUCUGUUUUCCUUACCAUAUGCAUUUCUGAAGUAUUGUUGUUGAUUGUUUGGUUCUAUAAAGACCAUUAUUUCAACCAUUUAUAAUUUCAGCCGCAUUUGGAACGAGACUUGGCUGGCAGGUUUCUUUUACAAGCCAUGCAAUUAUGAACUAUUUGUUAAGCAAUCACUUAACAUGGAAAUGGCUAUUAUUAUGGCAAGGGAUGCUGGAAUGGAUUGGAUCAUUCACCUUGAUACUGAUGAGUUGAUUCAUCCAGCUGGUGCGAGAGAGUACUCUCUUAGGCGAUUGCUUUUAGAUGUUCCUGACAAUGUUGAUAUGGUUAUCUUCCCCAAUUACGAGAGCAGCAUUGAACGGGAUGACAUCAAGGAUCCAUUUACUGAGGUUUCAAUGUUUAAGAAAAAUUACGAUCAUCUCCCAAAGGAUACAUACUUUGGCCUAUACAAAGAAGCAACACGUGGUAAUCCAAAUUACUUCCUCACUUAUGGUAAUGGAAAAUCAGCUGCAAGGGUUCAGGAGCAUUUGCGUCCCAAUGGUGCUCAUAGAUGGCAUAAUUACAUGAAAACCCCAAACGAAAUCAAAUUGGAGGAGGCUGCUAUCCUGCAUUACACCUACACAAAAUUCUCGGACCUAACCUCAAGGAGGGAUAGGUGUGGCUGCAAGCCAACUAAAGAAGAUGUGAAGCGAUGCUUUAUCUUGGAAUUUGACCGUUUGGCCUUCAUAAUUGCAUCGACAGCUACUGAGGAGGAGAUGAGGAACUGGUAAAAUCCUUAGCCUAUGUGUACCAACAAUGCCUCCCUAACCUCUCUGAAUUAAGAGAGAGAUCACAUUUGUCUGACUACUUUUGUUCAAGUAAAAAAAAACUCGGCCGGGUGGGGAAAGACUGCCCCACCGGUUUUACACUUCAGAAGAAGCCUCGGCUUCCCCGACCGAGAAAAUCCCCGAACCCCAGCCCCGCCCUGACACUGGGAGCCGUAACCCCUGGGAAUAGCCUGGGCCACACACAGUCCUCAGGUCGACCUGGGCCGGCUCUUAACCAGUGCUUUGGCACACGGGACCGGCGAGGGGAUUUUUUUAACCACAGCCUGAAAUUCGCUCCCACGGGGAUUCGAACUCAGGACUUGUGGAGUGCCGCUCGAGUGUCUUAACCGCUAGGCUAAGCACCCUUUGGCUUUUGUUCAGGUAUAAGGAACAUGUUGUCUGGACUGAUAAGGACACCAAUUUGAAACUUUUGAGAAAGGGCGUGUUAACACGUAUAUAUGCGCCGAUGGCUAUCAUCCGUGGUCUCAAGGAAUCUGGCGUCUUUACCUCGGCUGUAACAUCAGCGAAAGCACAGUCAGAAACAAAAUCAUCAAACAUGGGUCUCGGAGGCAAGGAGUCCAUCAUACCAAACACAACAGCUGGCCAUGAAAAAUUGCAAGCUACUGCAAGAAAGAUCCUACAGAUGGUUGAUGCCCAGGAAGAAGCGAUGCCGCCACUGUCACCCCCCGGUUUUGUUGAGCUGACUGAAAGUGCUUUGUCAUGAGGCCAUGUGAGAUUGUGGAGUUGCUCUGGACUGAUGAUGCUCAUGGGCUCUUGGUGGAUGAAACUUUAACCAUGCAUGAAGCGUUGAACAUAUAGAUAACAAACAGAGCGGAGGCUUGUUUGGUGGGUGUAUCUUGCCUCCCCAUGUCUUGUGCUGAUGUAAAAUUGCUUUUAUUACGUAGGCUGGUAAGCAAGUGCAAGACAUGAGAGUAGUAUACUGUAAUAUAUGCAGAAAUCAGGCGAAUCUUUGUCCUGGUUUGAGUUAAUUCCUACGGAGAAGCAUAUAUA